AUGUCUCAAUUACCCGGAGCUGAAAAGUACGCCAACUGGAGUAAGCAAGAAUUAAUCGCAAAACUUUUGAAUUACGAAAACGAUCAACAAAACAAGAUCGAACUAUCCACAACAGAAUCAGAACCCGCAAUUACAACUAUGGUACAGAAUAAGCCUUACGAUACUGCUGUAACUUGUAGUAAACGUCGAAAGAAAAAUCCUCGACCAUUUGAUAUGUCUAAAUAUUCCAAAAGGCGUAUUGCGUUGAAAGUAGCAUAUUUUGGGUGGAAUUAUUAUGGAUUUGAAACAAACGCUAAUGAAAAAGAUCAUCCAACGAUUGAAGGACAAUUAUAUUCGGCUUUUUUUAGAUCAAGAUUGAUAUCGGAUCCUGCAGAAUGUAAUUUUACAAAAUGUGGUAGAACUGAUAAGGGUGUGAGCAGUUUAGGACAAGUAAUUGCAUUGAAUGUUAGGUCUCAUCUUCCACAUGAUUCACCACUUGUCCUGCCACCUGAGUCACAGGAUAGUAACUUUAAUAACAAACAGGCUGUAGAAGGCGACAAAGAGUCUAUAAACACCAGUGCUGACAUUGGAAACACAAAAAAUAUUGAAGAAAUUCCUUACAUAGAGAAACUGGAAGCCCCUUCAGUUGUGGAUGAUCUUUUAGAUAUUUUAAAGACACCAGCGAAACCAAAUUAUGAAAUGGCCAAUGAAUUACCAUUGGUUUUAUAUAAUUGCCAAUAUGAUAAUGUGAAAUGGCAAUAUUGUCGAGAUGAUGACGCAACAUUUAAUAUGCCAUCAAAGAUAUAUAAGCAUUUCUAUGAACAGUGGAACAUCCACAUGACUAAAACAUUAAUAUUAUCGACAUUAUUGAAAGAUUUUGGGGGGACGCUUUUAGAACAGCUUAAACCCAAUGAUCGAGAAAUAUUGCAAGAUAAAAAAAAGGAAUUUGCGGAAAAUUUGGAUGGUACCUUGGAAGAGCUUGUUUUUUCGGAUACUAGAGAAGAAAUAUGCUCCAGAAAGUUUAUUAAUGUUGUCACUGGGGGUGGUAAAGAAACGAGAAUACGGCAUUAUAUUAAACUUGAGAAACGUCAAACAUGCGAUACGGUUGAGAGUAAAAGUGAAAAAUAUGCAAAAAGAAUAAAAUUGGUAAGUGAAAAGUAUUUAGAACAAUAA